CGUCAUGCUCUAGUGGGGUUAUGGAGGGGCAUCUUUGUUCAUCAACUGCCCCAUCGACCUUCUUCAGCACCGCAUUUCAUACCAAACCACUCAUAUAAUCGUAAAAUCAUUUUCAGUUGUGCUUAUUAUUAUUAUUCAACUAAUUCAUUAAUAAACCGGGCUCACCAACGAACAAAUCCUUUCCGGCGUUAUUUAAUAAUCCCCAACGUCGCAAUCCAGAGCUGGCACCAAAAUGAAUGACCAAGUUGGCCGUCUGGUUGACAAAGCCUGGGAUAGGUUUCAACAAACACCAGCAGAUCGCCGAUUUAUGAUAGCAAUCGGUGGCAUCCCCGGCUCAGGAAAAACUACUCUCUCACAAAUCGUAACACAAGCCCUCAAUACCCGGCACGCCAGCCAGCAUCCAGGCGCAGAGCCCAUCGCCGCAUUUGUGCCCAUGGACGGGUACCAUUUAACGCGCGCGCAGCUCUCUGCGAUGCCAGACCCAGCAACAGCGCACGCACGUCGCGGUGCCGAAUUCACAUUCGACGGGCCUUCGUUCCUAUCUCUCGUAAAAGCUCUCCGGGAACCGCUCACGACGACCAUCUUCGCGCCAUCCUUCGACCAUGCCGUCAAGGAUCCCAAGGAAAACGACAUCGCGAUCCAGCCGGGGCAUCGCAUCGUCGUGUUCGAGGGGAAUUACGUGGUUCUGGAUAAGGAGCCUUGGCGAGAAGCCGCGGGGCUUAUGGACGAGUGUUGGUUUGUGGAGGUCGAUUUUGAGGUCGCGAGACGGAGGCUUGUGAGGAGGCAUGUUAAGGCGGGUAUUGCGAGGGACGAGGAGGAGGCUGGGAAGAGGGCCGAUGAGAAUGAUUUGGUUAAUGGGAGGCAGAUUGUUGAGAAUAGGGUCACGGUGGAUGAGGUUGUUGUUAGUCGUGAUGAUGAGAGCUGGAGGCCUGAAUGAGUGAGCUGUAUCGUCGUCGAUAUUAUAGUGAUUAUUAGAAGUACGAGAUCAGAAUUAUAUGUCAAUCUAGGACUCGUCUACCAAAACUGGUUAUUCUCAGUUUUCAUCAAUUGGCCCAGUAUUGUGCUGCCUAUUGACUCUAUUUCACUUUGCAUCUAUCAAGAGAUAUCCCGCCUAAAGUAGUAGCAAGAAGAACUAUCAGCCCAAAUUUACUGACCGUGAACCGUUUAGACUUUCAGGCCCGUAUACAGGCGAAAUAGGGGAGAGGUUAAAUUCUUUGAGGUUCUCAAUGCUAGCAUUGACUUAGCAUCCGUUUAGAACCCAUUCCGAAAACUAACUAGCUUGCAAUUAUAAGUUAUUGAGUACCUAUUCUCCUAA